CUCAAAUCUUUUUUUUCUUUCGAUUGUCCUUCACCCAAACCACAUCACCUCACUCCCUCACAAAUUCAAACAUCCACCAAGAAACAACAAUGCGCUCCAUCCAAUCCCUCUCCCACGGCCUCCGCGCCCUCACCCAACGCUCCCUCCCCCGCGCAGCAGCCAUCUCCACACCCUCACCCUCAUUUGCUUCAGCAUCAUCGCGCCCAUUCACACACCUCACCCCACGCUCACCACGUCCACCCCAAACCCUCCCAAGACCCACAAUCACCACUCUCCUCUCCGCGCGCCACAAAUCCACAACAACCACCACCCCAAGCCAAUCGACCGAGGAGAGUAGCAACAGCAGCAGCGACAGCAACCACACCCUCACCGACCGCCACUCCUCGGCCGCCACCGACGCGGCGCACGCGGAGCAGAACCGCCUGCGCCGCGAGCAGGAGCCCGCCUACCAGAUUACCUUCACCUGCAAGCCGUGCGGCGGGCGCUCGUCGCACCGCAUGUCCAAGCACGGCUACCACCGCGGCACCGUGCUGAUCCAGUGCCCCACCUGCAGCAACCGGCACGUCAUCGCCGACCACCUGAACAUCUUCUUCGACCAGAAGAGCACCCUCGAGGAUAUCCUGGCGCGCCAGGGGGAUAAGCUGCUGCGCGGGUACACCAAUGGCGAUAUGGAGUUCUGGGAGAAUGGGGAGGUCAAGGAGUCCGAGGCCGUCGCUGUGGCUGGGAAGGAGAAGGGUGACGCUGGGAAUGGGGCUGGGGAUGGGGAUGGGCAGUCGCAGGGUCGCAUUGCUUGAAUCCGGGGCUGGGUUGCUGGGUCAUGCGCGAUUUGCGGUUUGUUGCGUGGGUGGUGCUGAAUGAUGAGGUGAAGUGGAAGUGAAGGGAAGGAAACGUUGGGUUGUGGUUUUCUGCUGGAGGUAUUCGGAAAGCGUGGUGCUAGAGGCGUUUUGAUCGUGUCUGUCUUGGACUUGUUUUGGCUGUCUACUUGCUUCUUGCUUCUGUGGAUAGAAAUUGUGGGAGGUUCAGAUGUAACAACACGCUGCUCUACAAACAUACUUAGGGCUGGACUCUGAAGAUGAUGAAGCGAAGAAGAAAAGAAAUCAUGUAAUAUAAUAUACUAGAACGAAG